GUUAUUUGCUGGCUGAUGAGUAUAUCAUAUCCAUUACCUUGGUGCAUAUAUCGGAUGUGUGCUUAUCGGAUUGGCGUUAGUAUUUACUAGCAGGAUGUCUUCCUGGCCGAAGCCUGAAGAUUCUCCGAUACUGAUUGACUUGACGACGUCCAAUGAUGAGGCUGAUGACCCGAGUACAUCCAGCAAGCCAUACAUUGAUGGCUUGCCUACUACUGACGCUAGUACGACCGUUAGCAAUGCUGCUCAGGAGGAUGUGAGCAAGCUGGUUCAAAGCAACUCAAUUCCUCGUAAGCGUGUUGUAGAAGACAGUUUUUCUGUGAAUGAUGGGAAUUACAGUACAAUUGGCGCUGCAUCAAAGCGCCUGAAUGUGAUUAGUCAGAAAUCCGUGAUUGAUGAUGAUAUGUUUAGCGUGUCUGCUACGGACAUGCCAGUCCCUCCACUGGACAGCGUACCCAGUGAUGCACUAGAUGUCAAUAUUAAGAAAGAUAUUAAUGAGCAAUCUUCCGUGGUUAAUGCUGAAAGCUCGCCCAAGCAUGUUAGGGAUUAUUUGAAAUCUUCAUCUGUUAAUGACCAGGAUAUAAUGGGCGCAUCUACAUCAACAAGUCGUUUAUCAGAUUCCGUAGAUUAUUUAUUAGCUUCUAGGGGUGUCAACAAUUGCAUGGACCAAUCUAUCGAUGAUGGCAUGUCUUUGGAUGGUUUGAUAGAGCCUGGUGACAUUGCUGUGAACCACACUCGCGACAGCGGCAGUGUUGACAUGGACAAGGUCUGUGAUAUGGUUUCAGCUUGCAACCACAUGUUAGCGCUGGAUAGCUCUUUACAGCAUGAUCCCACUCCAAAGUCAUCGAUGUUAACACGAUCUUCCAAGGGUGUCAAUACAGAUUUCGACCAAACUUGCAGGUGCAGCGAUGAAUAUAAACCUUUUAUUGUAGCUGAAGCUGUAUCAUUCUUUGCUGUGAAGCAUUUAGUUUCGUUAUUACGUGCAGUUGGUGAAUGUUUAUCCUCGCCUGCAUCUGCUCAUGACCGGUGGUCACAUGUUGUGAAUAUUCAAAAGCGUGCUCAGAUGUAUGUUAAUGAAGCUGUUAGGUCAAAUUUUUAUGGCGACGAGCUUGACCAGUAUCGUAUAAAUUUACCCUUGGAAUUGCCAAAGGGUCUAUAUAAUGACCAUUCAUGUCAAUCUGUUGUUGGACAGAAACUUUUUACGUCAGGUAGUCCUGGUGAUGGCAUCACUACCAAAAAGACAUUUCCGGACGAUCUUAUACCAACUAAAAUAGAAAAACAGCGUAACAAUGGUAUCGACAAGCUACUGAGCCAAGAACGACUUGCCCAGUCUUUGGAUACCAAUGGUACUAAACGUAUGGCGCCUAAAAAUGGCUAUACUUUGGAUCAUUCACAGCGUCGCAAAAUUAACUCCCAGUCCAAGUACAAUAGCCGUUUCACGGGCGGAUCAUCACCUGGUGGUAGUGAGGGCUGUGAUUCAUUGUGCACUGAGACUCUGCCAAGUCAGACAAUGGAUUCUAUGGCGGACAGCUCUGAUACUCAGGGCGACGGUGACAUAUCGCAUUUAUCAGAUCCACUAUCUGAUUCCCGUAUGGCUUACAUGGUUCGUGUAAAUAGUCAUGAGGUAGCUGGCCUUGACUUACGUGUCCCCCGUUGUGUUUUAUCGGAGAACAGUGAUUUAUUUGGGGAUUCGUUCAAGUUUAGUGCUCGUGUUGAAGAGAUUAACCGUACAGUCUUUGGUUACACUUCUUUCCGAGGUGUACAGUUGGCUGCAAUAAAUGCCAUACUGCUAAAUCGUGACUGUUUUGUGAUGAUGGCUACUGGUGGAGGUAAGAGUCAUUGUUAUCAAUUACCUUCUAUGCUUUUAUGUGGCGUUGUGGUUGUAUUUUCUCCUUUGAUAUCGCUGAUGGAGGACCAGAUGCGUAUACUGCGAUCCUAUGGCAUUGAUGCUGAGACGGUGACUGCUAACACUUCUUCUGGUGAAUUACGUGAUAUAUUUGAGUAUUACUUGAGUGCUGACCAUAAUUUUGAGAGCGGUGCUAUACUGUUUAUUACUCCGGAGAAAUUCGACAAGUCCAUUACCUUAGUGCGUUUACUUGGUGAGCUCCACGACGCAGGCCGUCUAAAGUUGUUUGUGAUUGACGAGGCUCACUGCGUAUCUCAAUGGGGACUAGCUUUCCGGAAGGACUACCGUAAGCUGUGUAACUUGAAGGGUAAAUUCCCCGAUGUACCUAUUUUGGCCAUGACUGCUACCGCUACUCCUCAGGUUGCUUCUGACAUAAUUGAUGUGCUUCGCAUUCCAUCUUGUGUACGUUUACGUACUACUAUAAACCGUCCUAAUUUGUGGAUUGAGUGCCGUGAGAAGACUUCCAGUUACUUGAAGGAGAUGGUUGAAAUCUUAAAAUCCACUACUGGUUGUGGCAUUGUCUACACCCUUACUGUUGGCGACAGCGAGAAGGUAUCCCAAGCACUGGAGUCUGCUGGUAUAUCUGUUGGCAUAUACAACGCCAAACUCAAUUUGGACUCUCGUCGUUACAUUCAACAGCAGUGGACUAGUGGUGCAGUACGUGUAAUGGUGGCUACCAUUGCAUUUGGCAUGGGUAUAGACAAGCCUGACGUUCGUUUUGUAUUCCACACUUCAGCUCCCGUUACCAUUUUGGGUUACUAUCAGGAGAUUGGUCGUGCAGGUCGUGAUGGCAAGUUUUCUACAACUAUUUUAUGGUACAAUUUACGUGACUUUGAGCGUCACAAGAACUUGGGCCACAGCAGCUCUGUGUCUGAAGCCGCUUCUGGUGAGCAUAUUUCCAGUAAUCUGACGUUAUCUAACAUGCGUGAAUUCUGUCAGAACAAGUCAACUUGCAGGCGUCUACUAUUAUUCCGUGCUUUUGGUGAGGAUCCCAGUGGUGUCCUGGAUACUAAUUGUGGCGGUUGUGACAAUUGCUGUUCUAACAUGUUGACUGAGCAUGUUGACGUUGGUGACGAUGCCCGCAUUAUUGUAUCCUUUGUAGAGGAGGCUAUGCGCCACCGCAAGAAGAGCGUAUUAACUAUGAAUAUUCUUUGCGACGCCUUGCGUGGGUCCAACAAAUCGACCAUAAUCAAGUAUCGCCUUAACGAGAAUCCCUAUCACGGUGUUUUGAAGCAUGCCAAAGCGCAGCAGAUAUGCCACAUCAUCCAGGAGAUGGUCAACCUUCGCAUUUUACGUGAGUGUCGUCGUAAAUGCAUGAGUUUCGGUCGCACGGUGUUUGUCCUGGGUCCGAAUGCCCAGAAGUUAAAGUGUGGCAACCUUGACAUCAGUGUAGUGUGUUACAAACGUAGUGACGACAAUCCCGUUGAAGAAUCGGACCAAACCUAUACACUGCACGAAUUGCUACAGAGCGUUGAUAUGCCCGAUGAUACGCUUAACAUUGAGAAUUCUUCUGACGUUGAUGGAUCAAGGAGCUCUGAUGAAUACCUAUCUGUGGGCUCCAGUGAACCCGAGGGAGCAUCGGACGAUGAUAAAGCGGUGGCGGACCAGGGCGUCGAGACCGAUCAAAGCAGUACCAAAGAACGCAGUCAUCUGCUGACCAGUGGCAACCGCGUUUUGAACUUCAGUGGGAAUCACUAUACUACUUUACAGGACACUCCAGAACGGUUACAGAAAAAAAUCUGCACUGCCACGACUAAAAUACUUUCACGUUACAACAAGGCACUCGAGGAGAGAAACAAUGAAAAGAAAUCAGACGCCGGAUCACAUGGCAGCUCAGGCAGUGUCAAGAUAACGAAUGACUACCACGAUCCGCAAGGUUACGAUUUGGAUAUAAGCUUUCUUCCAGACGAUCUAUUUGGGUCAUACCCAAGUACAUAUGAGCACGGUUUAUCUACAAAGCCUGCUAAGGUCACAAAAGAGUCGGGGGCAUCCAGUACCAACGUGGGUUCUUGUUCUACAUCUACCAAAAAUACGUGGAACGAAGGCUCCAUUAGGUCUCGGGGUAUGAUAAUGUCUGCCAAGGACGUUGAUGAUACCGAUAUCAAGGCGGCACUUCACAACAACAUUCGCAGGAAAUUGCCACAGAAUCUCGUGCAAUCACUUAGUUGACUAGUACCUUGGCA